AUGUUCUUGGAACUUCUCGUCCUUAUCCGAGCAAUUCUUGGAGCAACUGCUGCUAUCCGAAGAGUGUAUCUUCCUGCAAAUGACUUUUCAAAGAUUACGGAAUCCUAUAAGAGCCCAAGAGGCAACAAUCGCAUUUUUGACUUCUCUGACACAAAUUUCAGUCUUGUACUCAGCCCCAGUCCUGCUUGCACUACACAUGAAGUACUGCUGUCAUUUUUCGACACAUGGAUACCUGGUGAUGCCUUGGAGAAAACUCAAUUAUACCAACGUGCUUUUGUUCUCGAAUUACGAGAGAAAUGCUGUUGUGGCGAUAACAACACUGUUCGAAGAUCAGAUCGAUACCUACCAGCCUUUUGGAUAAGGACCAAGGAGUCUGCAUUCGAUGGUUUCUACUACAACGUUUUCACUUAUCUGCAAGGGAAAACAGUUGAAAUGAAAUCGGUUUGGAUCAGUCCUGAAUAUUUUGUUGUUCGAUUUUCACUUUCAAAGAAAGGUACCUAUAUUAAAAGUGCAGAGGAUGAGAGUCCAGUUAUCAAACUGGAUACCAACACAAGCAAAUAUUUUGCUUUAUUCUCAUCGAAACGAGAACACUGUUCGACGUUUAUCUCGCAGGUUGAUGAGAAUUUCAAAAUCUGGACAAGAGACGAUCCCAUCAACGUAAAGGGACUUCCGCCAAAACGCCCGCAAAGGAAUAACGUGCUUAGUGCUGUCAUAAUUGCUUUACUGUUCAUACUCUUCUACUAUAUGUUCCUCGAAAAAGUCGCUCUACCGCUAUAUUUUCAUUUCAAAAUGCCGUUACCAGCUGUAAGACGUCGGAUGAUGAAAUCGCAUUCUCCCAAGAAGAUCACAUUCGAUGUGAACCUGACAGUUGAAGAAGAUGCACAGGACAAAUCCGAACCUACUACUCCGACACCGCUCCACACUUCCGGUGAAGCGAUAAAAAAUACCUCGGCAGAACUUUCAAAACCAUCUACGAGUGGAAGCAAAUCCACAUCUAUGGAUAAGACUCAGAAAAAUACGAAAGAAAAGGCGAAGAAGGAAGUGUAA